AUGGAAGUGAGCUCCAUCCUACCUUCGACAAGAUAUGACCCUAAUGGGACACUAGUAUGCGGCUCUGACGUCCACUCAUUCUUUCAUUUGCCACCGCCAUCUCCAACACUGACCCAGGCGCACCCUAUUACGGGCGAGAAGCUCCCGCUUGUAAUGGGCCAUGAAUUCUCUGGAACGAUUGUUGAACUGGGAAAGGGUGUCGACACCGGCCGUUUCGCUAUCGGAAAAAAUGCUGUCGUUGAUCCGGUGAUUUCAUGCAUGCAACCGACUUGUGGACCAUGUACCUCUGACAAACGAAACGUCUGUCCCCACACUACGUUCGUGGGGAUUGGCGGAUACGGCGGUGGCCUUGCAGAGUACAUCGCUAUCAAGCAAGAGUUUGUGCACGUUUUGCCGGACAGUGUCCCUCUGGAUAUCGGCGCGCUCAUCGAGCCUCUGUCUGUCGCAUGGCACGCGGUGAAGGUGUCUACGUUUACCCCUGGGGACAGUGCGCUGAUUAUAGGUGGAGGGCCGAUCGGUUUGCUUGUGCUAAUUGUUCUAAGAGCGCAAGAUGCUUCCUGGGUCGGAAUCUCCGAGCCCACUAUCCAGCGCCGCGAGACUGCUCUCCAGCUCUCCGCCUCCGCCGCAUAUGAUCCCCGUACGACCGACAUCGCUGCGGAGACAUUCAAAGCGACAAGCGGCGGCGCGGCAGUCGUCUUUGACUGUGCAGGGCUUCAAGUUAGUCUCGACACUGCCUUGCAGGCAGUACGGCCGAAGGGCAACGUUGUCGAAGUCGCGGUAUGGGACACCAACCCGAGCUUGGACAUCACGACGUUGCAGAGAAAGGAGGCUUUACUUACUUCUAGCCAGGGCUGUAACCGCGAACAUCCGGAGAUACUCCAAGCUGUGGCAGAGGGAAAGCUACACGGUCUGAAUGAUCUGAUUACGAAGAGAAUUCGACUUGAGGACCUCAUGGAAGAGGGCAUUCAGACUCUCAUCAAAGACAAAGAUCGCCAGAUCAAAAUUCUUGUUCAUCCCGACCGGAAUGCUAUGAUCCCUCCUCGCUUUAUCCUCUCUACCCUCGCCUUCGCACUUGGACUCGGCCUGACGGCAUACGGCGCACAGCAGACGUUCUCCUGGAUGUCCGAGUACCCCGACCUAUACGAGGCUUCCAUCGCAGAGCUGCAGGACGGGCUAAAGAGGGGCCGCUUUACGAGCGUCGAUCUCGUGAAGGCAUACCUUGCGCGGAUCGAUGAGGUGAACAUCAACGGCCCCGGCUUGCGCGCGGUGCUUGAGACGAACCCCAAGGCCCUCGAGCACGCGGCAGAACUGGACAAGGAGCGCGCAGCGUCAGGCAUCCGAGGACCGCUCCAUGGGAUCCCCCUCCUGCUGAAAGACAACAUUGCUACUCGCCACGAAGACGGUAUGGAGACGACUGCAGGCUCCUGGGCCCUCGUCGGCUCCGUCGUCCCCGGGGACGCGACCGUCGCGGCAAAGCUGCGCGCAGCGGGCGCGAUCCUGCUCGGGAAGGCGACGCUGUCCGAAUGGGCAAACUGGCGCGGGGAGGUGCCGUCCGGGUUCAGCGGGCGCAUCGGGCAGUGCACGAACCCGUACGUGCCGCUGGGCAACCCGUCCGGCUCGAGCUCGGGCAGCGGCGUCGCGACGGCGGUCGGGCUUGCGGCGGGCUCGCUCGGUUCGGAGACGGACGGGUCGAUCAUCUCCCCGAGCAGCCACAAUAAUGUCGUGGGCAUCAAGCCCACCGUCGGGCUCACAUCGCGUGCGGGAGUGAUUCCGAUCUCAGAGCAUCAGGACAGCGUCGGGCCCAUGUGUCGCAGUGUGGCGGACGCCGCAGUCGUGCUCUCUGCGAUCGUCGGGCGCGACCCGCUCGACAACUACUCUCUGGGCCAGCCUGAAGUCGCCCCGGACUAUACGCAGGCGCUUCAGAAGGACGGGCUGAAGGGUGCGCGGCUUGGCGUGCCGCGGAAGGUGUUCGAGGGCAUGAAUGCGGACACUAUCAUCGCGUUCAACGCAGCACUCGACGUGAUGCGCGGGCUCGGCGCGACGAUAGUUGACCCGGCAGACUUCAAAGCGGAAUACGACUACGACGGGAUCUGGAAGAGGGAGAACAACGUCCUCUGCGGUGACUUCAAAGUGAACAUCGAGCAAUACAUCUCGAAGCUGGUCAAGGUGCCAACGGGCGUGAAAAACUUGACUGACCUGAUCGCAUUUAACACGGCGAACGCCGACAAGGAGCUCAUUGAGCCAUACUGGACGGACCAGUCGACGUUUAUCAAAUCGGAGAAGACGCCGCAGGACAAGGCAUACUUCGAUGCGCUGGCGUUCGACUAUGAGACGGGACGGGCGAAUGGGAUAGACGGCGCGCUGAAAGAGUUCAGCCUCGAUGCGAUCCUCAUCCCCACCAACAAAGCGUCCCGGCCGGCGGCCAUCGCAGGCUACCCGGUCAUCUCAGUGCCGCUUGGCUUCCAGCCGCCUGACGUUGUGCUCCCCGAGCCCAAUCCAACGCGGGCGAGCGGGCCCAACAUGCCAUUCGGUAUCGCCUUCCUCGGGACGGCGUACAGCGAGUUCAACCUAGUGAAAUUCGCGUACGCGUACGAGCAGGCGACGAAGACGCGGCUCAAGCUGCGCGCUUACCCUGAGGCGAUCCCGAAGACGCAGCUGAAGGAUGUGAUUGGGAAGUAG